AUGAACAACGACGGCGAAACAAGGCAGCAAGUGCAAAGCGUACAAAAUGGGGGUCAGCGCGGAAGCGUCCCUGAAUCUGAUUCGGGAACUGGCUGGAUUCAUGAACUGUUUAAGCAGCAGCACGCGAUGAUGCAAGAACAGCAGCAAGCAUUCAUGAAACAGCAGGAGAAACUGAUCGCAGAAAUCUGGCAGACGGCACGACUUCGAGAACCCGUGAAUGUGGAACAAAUAGGAGAUGUGCUUGGUGGUCAGAUAAAAGAUUUUAAGUUCAACCCGGAUGAACGCGUGACUUACGAAGGUUGGUUUUCGCGGUACGAAGAUCUAUUCGAGAAAGAUGCGAAGAAGUUAGAUGACGACGCUAAAGUUCGCUUACUGCUACGGAAGCUGGGAUUGGCCGAGCAUGAACGGUACGUAAGCCAUGUAUUGCCCAGCAAGCCGAAAGAUUUCAACUUUGCGGAAACAGUGGAAAAGCUGAAAGCGCUUUUUGGAUCACGAGAGUCCGAAGUAAGCAAACGAUACAAAUGUUUGCAAUUGCGCAAGGAGAAAACAGAGGACUACGUAGUGUUUUCCUGCCGUGUUAAUAAGAGCGUAGUAGAAGCUAAACUGGCGGGUCUUUCGGAAGAGCAACUGAAAUGCCUUAUAUACGUUUGCGGACUGCAAGACGACAGCGAUAGUGAAAUACGGUUAAGACUACUUAGCCGUAUUGAGGAUAGGCGAAUUUCUACGUUAGAUCAGCUGGUUGAAGAAUGUCAGAGGCUAGUGAGUUUAAAAAAGGACACAGCCAUGUUCGAAAAAGUGCCUCACCAAGUGAACGUCGUGAACGACGGAAAGAUAGAGCGAUUUGCCCCAAAGAGAAGGAGUUUUGUAAAAUCUACAGCCGCGACUACAAAAGGGAAACUGAAGUGUUGGCUUUGCGGAGAAGAACACUAUGCGCGGAAGUGCAAAUACGGUGGAUACCGUUGCAAUAAAUGCCAUCGUUAUGGUCACAAGGAAGGGUUCUGUGAUUCGGCGGCACGUUAUGCGAGUCAAACGAAGAAUGCGCGAAUCAAGACUGUGAUAGUGAAUACCCUCGGUGACAGACAGAAAAGACACGUGAAUGUUGUCGUGAACGAUGUGCCAAUGGAAUUUAUGAUAGAUACCGGAGCAGACAUUACCAUUAUUUCCAUGAAAGAAUGGCAGCGCAUAGGUAGUCCUGGGCUGAUUCCUGCAUCUAUAAAGGCAAAAACGGCGUCCGGGGAGCAGUUAAAGAUCGUGGGCGAGUUCCUAGCUGAAAUGAAGCUACAACAGCAGUGUAAGCAGUGUAUAGUGCGAGUCACUAACGAAAAGUUGAUGCUACUGGGGCAGGAUGCAAUGGACGUGUUUGGAUUAUGGAAUAUCCCUUUAUCGGCUGUUUGCAAUCGAGUAAGCUCGCAAGACCAGUUCGCGGAGUUCAACGAUAUUUUUUCUAAUGAGAUGGGGUGCUGUAAGCGGUCAAAAGUGAAGCUAGUGCUUAAAGAAGGAGCAGUUCCAGUUUUCCGGCCGAAGAGACCUGUGGCGUAUGCGAUGUUGGAAGCUGUGGAUCGCGAGUUGGACCGGUUAGAAAAGGAAGGAAUAAUUUCCCGUGUGGAUUUUUCAGCAUGGGCUGCACCGAUUGUCGUAGUUUGUAAGGCCAAUGGUACGAUCCGAAUAUGCGGCGAUUAUUCUACCGGACUAAACGAUGCACUACAGUCUCAUCACUACCCAAUCCCGCUUCCCGACGAUAUUUUUGCAAGCCUUUCAAAAUCUACAGUCUUUAGCCAAAUAGAUCUUUCAGACGCGUUUCUACAGGUAGAGGUAGAAGACAGCAGUCGUGAGUAUCUCACCGUGAAUACACAUCGAGGGUUGUAUGUAUACAACCGUUUGCCUCCGGGAGUAAAAGCGGCGCCGAGCGCUUUUCAACAGCUUAUGGAGACGAUGUUGACCGGUCUGAAGGAUGUAGCAGCGUAUCUGGACGAUAUUGUGGUUGGUGGAGUGGACGAAGCCACCCAUUUAGAUAAUCUGUACGCAGUGUUCAGAAGACUCCGUGAUUAUGGGUUUAGGAUCCGGCGAGAGAAGUGUAGUUUCCAGCAAAAGCAGAUCAAAUAUUUGGGACACAUAUUAGAUCGAGAUGGGUUGCGACCGGAUCCUGCAAAGAUUGAUGUCAUUGUGAAGAUGCCGCCCCCGAAACAGACAUCUGAAGUGCGGUCAUUUCUAGGUGCUGUUAAUUAUUACGGAAAAUUUGUGCCACAAAUGAGAAACCUGUGUUACCCGUUAGACGAGUUGCUGAAGAAGGAUGGAUCCUGGCAGUGGAACUCGGAAUGUCAAAGGGCUUUUGACAUGUUCAAACAAAUACUGAGGUCGGAUCUGCUAUUAACGCAUUAUGAUCCGACGAAAGAGAUCAUCGUAGCAGCUGAUGCUUCAUCCGUUGGUGUGGGAGCAACAAUUAGCCAUCGGAUGUCCGAUGGAUCGUUGAAAGUUGUGCAGCAUGCGGCGCGAGCGCUGACUAAAGCAGAAGUUAACUACAGCCAACCGGACCGAGAAGGACUAGCUGUUAUAUAUGCAAUCACCAAAUUUCAUCGCAUGAUAUUUGGACGGAAAUUUACUCUUCAUACUGAUCAUGCCCCGUUAAUCCGAAUCUUUGGAUCGCGUACCGGUAUUCCUGUAUAUACAGCAAAUAGGUUACAGCGUUGGGCGUUAACAUUGUUAUUGUACGAUUUUAAAAUCGAGUAUGUACCCACAGACAAGUUCGGGAACGCCGACAUCUUAUCGCGCCUGAUUGCAAAACACGAGCGACCAGAUGAGGAUUACGUGAUAGCAAGCAUCAAGCUAGAAAAGGACAUGAACGCGAUGGUCAUGCAAGUAACGGGUGCAAUACCCUUGAAGUUUGACGAUGUAGUAAAGGCAACCAGAAGCGAUCCUGUUUUAAGCAGAGUAUUCUUUUACAUUCAGGAAGGUUGGCCGCAUGAUAAGCUGAACGAUGCAGAGCUGAGAAAUUUCCAGUCAAGGAGCGAGUCUCUUAGUACGCUCAGAGGAGGUAUCUUCUUUGCAAAUAAGAGCCACUUGGUCGGCUCACCCGGGGGUCUACAGUCGAUGAACAUUGUGCAAUAA